UGGGACUUUAUCUGGGUUUUAUUAGCUCUAUUCCUUAUCAAGAUGAAGUUAAUUUACAGUAACAAUCGGUUUUCUGAUCAUAUUGUAUGUCAUUGGUUUUGUCGAUCCUCUAGGACGUAACGCACUGUUCUCAACAGAGGCUAUGUUCUGCUUGAUUCAAUUAUCGCACCACGUGAAGAAGACCAUUUCUUGAUACCACUAAAUAAACCGAGCAUUGCCAUGGUGCUUCUACCUGCCCUGCUUCUUCUCUGGGUUGCUCCCUUUUCAAGCUGUACAGAUCGACUAAGAACAAAAUUCUACUUGCAAGAACCACAAACGCAGAUAAACGAUGCAGUCAGUGCUUGUAGACACAACUACACUGACCUCGUCACAAUCUACGAUCGAGAAGAGAAUAUGACCGAAGCUAAAAUAUUAAUAAAUGGAUCUGAUUGUAGCUGGAUUGGAGCCAACGGUUGCACGUGGUCGAACGGCGAUCCGGUCAGAUUCAUCAACUUCAGCAGAAAUUCUGUGGAAAAAUGCUGUGGCGCGCUGACCACUGGUAGAGAAUGGGAAUGUCUCAACUGCAGCUCAGAAAUGUACUUCAUGUGUUAUAAAGAAGGUAAUCGUACUUUAAUCCCUGAAAACAAAACCUGGUUCGAGGCUCAGCUGUACUGCAAAAACAAUCAAAGCGAUUUAGUCAGCAUCAGAAACGAGACGGAAAACGAACAAGCGAAGGAAGCGUUGAACGGGACUAACUUUGUCUGGAUUGGCCUUCAGUAUAAUUACAAGAUUGUAUGGUUUCAUGAUGGAACGUUUGAUUACAAACAAGAUGCUAAAGCAUGCUUUACAUUUCUCCAAAACCGUCCAACAAAACCUUGCAACGCAAGUCUUCUGAGUAACUGUGCUCCUCUUUGCUACAAAAAGUUAAUUUAUGUCAGUCGGGGUAACAUGUCCUGGGAGGACGCUUUCACUCACUGCAGCAGUCUUAAGAAAAGACCCGGGCUCCUGCGCAUCGAGUCUGAGGAUGAUCAGAUAGAAACAGAGCGAGAGCUAAAAAGACAGAAGAUCUCGGGGCCGGUGUGGAUCGGGCUUAGACAGAGUCGACUUUUCGGAUUCUGGAUUUGGUCCAACGGGCUUCAGCUGGGACCCUGGACCAACUGGAAAGAAGAAAACUUUCCAGAACAUCAAACGUCUCAGCACUGCGGGGCCAUGGAGAACAUGAACGGUCAAUAUAAAUGGAGCGAUAAAGACUGCAGGUCUACAUUCAGAGCUUUAUGUGAGGUAAAUUAGUAUGUGAACAAUGGUAUCGUCCAUGUCUUGUGUAAUAAAGCUCUGAGGUAGCAGUUAGUGUCAUGUUCAUCUCAUUGAAUAAUUCAUUAUAUCAUAUUCCUGCUGUGUAAUCCUUCAUGCCUCAUACUAAGAAUUAACAUUACAAGUUGUUCAUGAAUAAACUUUACAUCAAGUUGUAAAACAGUAGACAUGUUAAGCAUUGCAAAAAAAAAUAAAAACUGUCUAAUAUCUAA